AUUGGCCAAGGUUCUCACGGCCGGGGGCUAAAAAUGUGAAUGGCUUCAAAGUGACUGAAAUUUGUUAUAAAUUAUGAUGUUUUAUCAGCACUUUCACAUAUGUCGUUUUUAUUCGAUGUGACGUUGUUGAGGACUGGAUUGUAACGGGAAACGAUGUCUGCCGCUGAAGGUGCUCGCAGUCUCGACCAGCUGAACAGAUUCGAGAAACUGACAGGCAGGCCGCCGCACUGUGAGACGUUAGCAGGGCAUCGUACUCCCCCCGCCCGCAGUGGGCAUCGUUGUGUUGCUGACAACACUAACCUUUACGUGUUUGGAGGGUACAACCCUGACUACGAUGAGUCAGGAGGCCCAGAGAAUGAAGACUAUCCGUUGUUCAGGGAGCUGUGGAGGUACCACUUUGCCACAGGCUGCUGGCAGCAGAUUCGCACGGAGGGCUUCAUGCCCACGGAGCUGGCAUCUAUGUCAGCUGUUUUGCACGGUAACAACCUCCUGGUGUUUGGUGGCACUGGGAUCCCCUUUGGCGAAAAUAAUGGUAACGAUGUACAUGUUUGUAAUGUGAAGUACAAGAGAUGGUCGCUCCUUAACUGUCGAGGGAAGAAACCUAAUAGAAUCUAUGGACAGGCAAUGGUAAUUAUAAACGGCUUCCUGUAUGUAUUUGGAGGGACGACGGGUUACAUAUACAGCACAGACCUUCACAGGCUGGAUCUGACCACCCGAGAGUGGAUCCACCUCAAACCCAACAACCCUCCUGACGACCUACCUGAGGAAAGGUACAGGCAUGAAAUAGCACAUGAUGGACAGAGGAUUUACAUUCUGGGAGGAGGAACUUCCUGGACAUCUUAUCCUCUGGACAAGAUUCAUGCUUACAAUCUGGAGACCAAUUCCUGGGAGGAGAUAACAACAAAACCUCAUGACAAAAUAGGUUAUCCUGCUCCAAGGAGAUGUCAUAGCUGUGUACAAAUAAAAAAUGAUGUGUUUAUCUGUGGAGGAUACAAUGGGGAACUUAUAUUAGCUGAUCUGUGGAAGAUCAACCUGCAGACUUUCCAGUGGAACAAACUUCCAGCUGUGAUGCCUGAGCCGGCCUACUUCCACUGUGCUGCUGUCACUCCGGCUGGCUGUAUGUAUAUCCACGGUGGUGUAGUGAACAUCCAUGAGAACAAGAGGACUGGCUCUCUCUUUAAGAUCUGGCUGGCUGUUCCCAGUCUGCUAGAGCUCUGCUGGGAGAAGCUCCUAAAGGCCUUCCCCCAUCUGACUUCUCUCCCCACCAUGCAGCUGAUCAACCUGGGCCUCACGCAGGAACUCAUUGAACGCUUGAAAUAAGCUGCAAAAGAGGAGGAAGGACUUCUGAAUGAAUGAAUGGAUGGGGCAAGGUGGGAAAAUAGAGCACAGAAUUUAAUUCACAGGAAAAUUUCUUUGGAAAUCGCCCUCUCCUUUCCCCUGCCUAAUGUAGCCCCGCCUUAAAGCCAAAAAUAAUGGGAUGCCUUUUUUCGUUUGCUCUUAAUUUGUGGAGUGUCAGUGAUAAUAAAGAAAAUGAAUAUGGAAUGUUUUAUGAAUUUUACCAAGCCCCCUGCCACCACUACUUAUGACAUGAUGCCUUUAUGUCAAAACUAAACACGCAAUCUUGCUUCUCAUCCUCCAGACUGGCAGCUGGGAUUGCUGGCCCAUUAUGCUCUCAAAAACUCCCAGUUUCAAAUCUGCCUUCUCUGGUACUUUGAGGAAUUCUGUGCAGAAGAAUGCAUGAGUAUUUAUUUGAAGGACUUUAUCAGUUUUCUACAGGGGGGCUUUCAUCACCUGAUACUGCUGUUUGCACACUGUCUUGCAUAUUUGUGUACAUUUUUUAACUAGAUGCUGUGAGCAAAAUAAUUUUUCAGUCUUAAAAGUGCAAGACAGAUGGUGGUUUUGCACAUUUUGGCCAAUUUCGUGUAUGAUUAUUACAUUUGAAGUGUUUUAUAUUCUUAAUUGAGUGUUUCUGCAAAUGUCCAGUUGGGCUUUUAAUUCGUUUUUCUCACCAUGGCAAAAAAAACAACAACUUUCCAGAGCUACAACUUGCUGUUGUCACACUCAUUUUAAUGUUUUUAAUCAUUAAAGUAAUUUUAUUCUUUCAUAACUUUGGCAUUACCCAUCUUUAAAGUGUUCUUACCCUAUUUGAAUUGAAAAAGACAGACUAAAUAGUGGCAUGCUUUUAAAGUGUUCCUGAGUAAUAUUUUUGUGUUGAAUUAGCUAAAAUGUGCAUAAACACUGUCUGUGAUGCAUAAGUGUGUGAAAACUUUCAAUGCAGGUUUUGCCCGUUAUCCUCCAUGAAGUAUUAUUUCUUCAGUGAGUAUCUUUCAGUUGUUUAUAAUUUCCUUCUUGCAGCUUUCAACCCCCUCAUCACUGUGAAUUUGGUGCUCUUUCAAAUUAAUUUUAAAAUCCUUUUAUUCCAAUAAAGACUUAAUUCUUUUCUGACUUUA